AUGGGAAGUCAAUGGUCUGGAGAUCAAUUUCAGAUCAUCAUUGGUCAGGCAGUUGCUGAUGUUUUUAAUGCUAUUAUUAAGCAAAAUGAUUUGCAUAUCGAAGCUGCCAUCUUAUCCCCCUUAAUUCCUUUGUUAGUGACUGCAGGAAUGAUCAAGGUAGUAGUAAUUUUAGGCGAGUCUUUUGGAUGGCUUUCUGCUACAUCGCCUACAACUAUAGUUUUGAGCUUUGCAUCCGAUGCCGGAUUUUAUUUUUUACCUAUAUUUGUUGGCUCGGCGGCCGCUAAACGAUUCGGAGCAGAUUCUGGUUUAGGCAUGCUGGUAGGUGCAAUUUUAAUACAUCCAACUUUUAUUUCAUUAGUUACCAAAGGAACUGCACUUUCGGUCUUUGGCUUACCAAUCUAUAGCACUAAUUAUUCUAGUACAAUUUUUCCAACAAUUAUUGCAGUUUGGGUAAUGUCAUAUAUUGAAAAAUUUAUUGCUAAACACUCACCAGAAUCUAUUCGUUCAAUUACUGAGCCUGUAAUAACUAUCUUGCUAAUGAUUCCAUUGUCUUUAGUGAUUAUUGCUCCAAUUGGUGCUUUUUUAGGUACAUACUUAGUAAAAAUAGUUUUGUGGUUAUACCACACGGCAGGAUUUUUAAGUGUUGCCUUAUUAGCUACUAUCUUACCGUUUGUGAUUAUGACGGGAAUGCACACUGCAUUCGUUCCAUAUUGA